GCGACUCGGCUCCGCACCCUUGGCUGCAUUGCCACAGAAAGUUGCCGCCAGGUUUAGUUCAAGGUAUCGACGCUGAGCGAAGGUCGGCCCCACGGACAUUUUGGUGCACAGGAUGCUUCGGCAGACGCUGGACCAGCACCAGCCUAUCUACCAAUGGGACCCGCUGAAGUACGUGUACGAGGAGCCGACGCCUGCCUGUUUGCUGCGGCUCAAAAGGGACAUCGUGGACUUCGCAGCCCAGCCGCCCUCGGGUCUGUACAUCUCGCCGGAGGAAGAGGACAUCACCAGAGUCCAUGCGCUGGUCGUGGGCCCGUCGGGCACGCCAUACGAGGGAGGCUUCUUCCUGUUCUUCAUGAAGUUCCCGCCGCAGUACCCCAUGAGCCCGCCGCGCGUUCGCAUAGUGACCACGGACGCUGGCCGAGUGCGCUUCAACCCGACCCUUUACGCCAACGGUAAGGUGUGCCUCAGCAUCCUCGGCACCUGGCACGGACCACCGUGGAGCCCGGCGCAGGGCAUCGAGAGCGUACUCAUUUCGAUACAAUCACUGAUGAACGAAGUACCAUGCACCAAUGAGCCCGGGUUUCAACACGCGCCGACGCCCGUCGUCGAGCGCUACAACGACUUCAUCCAGCACGAAACCGUCAGGGUCGCCGUGUGUGGUCAAGUCGAAGCUGCUCUCCAGGACAGUGCCGAGUGCCCCGCGCCCUUACGGGAGCAGAUCUUGAAGUCUUUUGCUGAGGCCUAUGGCAAGUACGAAGACAUCGUCAAGGCCCGCCUUCACCUUACGGGCUCGAAGAUGAUGGACCUGUUUGGAGAAGGCGGCACAUGUCAGUACGAGAGGCUGCUGUCACGACUGCAGGGUCUGAAAGAGCAGGUGAAACAUAAACUGGACGUCAUCGCUCCAGACACCACCACUGCAGUCACUGCUGGAUCGUACCCGGGGCAGCAAAACGGAAACAAUCACAUGCCUUUGUGUUAGUGGCCUACUAGCAAACUUAUAUUCUAAACUCCUGAGGAGAAAAUCUUUAGCCAGCCGAUGAACGGCAUGAAGUACAAAAUGCACGGGAGCACGUGCGUACGUGCCAAUAAAAGAGAAUGGCUGGUGGUU